AUGUUCGACGAAUAUGUUGAGCAUGCCACAGGAAGUACAGUCAAACCUCCUGGAACAGCGCCGCAGUUGGAAUAUGAGGGCUUUGAACCACAACCACCCUUGAACGACCUCGGUCUUGAGCCUGACGAUGUUCCCCCAACUCCUUCCAUGCUCCAUGAGCCAGAUGCCGCCGUCUUCGACCUUGGACGAGUGCAAUAUGCUUUCCCGGCACCUCUCAUCUCCUUCGUCAUUAGCUCGGAUAUGUUGGCGAUGGGAUUAACUUCAAACCAAUUGGUCCUCAUUGAACUAUCGCACGCAGACCAAGUCAUCAAGAUCCAGAUACCACGGAAACCGACCGAGAUGACCAUCUACAAGCUGUUCAUGGACCCUUCCGGGCGGCAUCUCAUUAUCACUUCACAACAAGGCGAGAACUGGUAUUUGUAUAGGUCAUGGAAGAAACCACGGCAGUUGAAGGGCUUCAGAAUGAUCAUCGAAAGUGUUGCGUGGAACAAGACUGCCUUACUCGCCUCAUCGCAUUCGACUUCGACGAAGGAGCUUCUCAUUGGAUCAAGGGAUGGCAAGAUCUACGAAGCCGUUCUCGACGCGGAAGAAGACUUUUUCAAAUCACAAGAACGGUACCUACAGAACGUAUACACCCUUUCUGAGAGACACCCCAUUACUGGCAUCAAGUUCGAGUACAACGCACCGGCAGAACCGAAGCAAGCGCUGGUGUUGGUAACUACACCCACGCGGAUAUACCAGUUUUUUGGCCCGGUUGACCGCAAACCUGAUGAACACGGACGCGUCUUUUCUUCCCUUUUUGCACAGUACCGCGAAUCUGCUCCGAACGCGCUCAUUCCUUCCGAAGAGAUCCUUGAACUACCUGGAAACGUUCCCUACUCGGAACUACAAUUCUACACAUCGAAUCCCGACCAAGCUCUUACCCGACCCACGCGUUUGGCGUGGUUAACAGGCCAGGGCAUUUAUCACGGUCUCCUCAAUUACGACCCCAACGUGGAGGACCACAUCGACUCGCCACGACUAUUGCAAUACCCUCCUCUAGCAGUGUCCCCUGGCAAGGAGAAUGCGGAAUUCCCGUUAUCCCUUUCUGCGACGGAAUUCCAUUUCGUGCUCCUUUACAAGGACAGGGUAGUAGGUAUCUGCAAUCUCGACGACAAGAAGACGUACGAAGAAAUAUUGCCCAUCAAACCAGCUGAAGAGGUCCGCGGUCUAGCCGCUGAUCCAGUUCGCAAGACAUACUGGGUAUUCACAGAUCAGUCGCUGUUCGAGUUGGUAGUAACAAAUGAAGAUCGAGAUGUCUGGAAGAUAUAUCUCGGGCAAGGUCAAUACGAGGCGGCAUUGCAGUACGCCAAGACAGCUCCCCAGCGCGACCAGAUCCUGAAAGCGCAGGCUGCGAGUUAUUUCGACCAGGGACGAUACUACCAAGCGGCCCAAGCUUAUGCACACUCUUCGGCCCCAUUUGAAGAAGUGGUCCUCAAACUACUGGACGUCGGGGAAAGAGAUGCCCUGCGCUCAUAUCUGAUAUCACGGUUGGAACGGACUAAGAAAACUGAUGUGACUCAGAGGAUGAUGCUUGCCACAUGGCUCGUUGAAUUUUACCUCGGAAAAUGCAACGACCUGGACGACAUCAUUGCCUCCCAGUCCGUCUCACAGGACGUUGACAACCUUAAGACAGAACGAGCCAUUUUGCAAGACGACCUGCGCCAAUUCUUUGAUACCUACAAGAGUAAUCUGAACAAGGAAACCGUCUACGAGCUGAUCCAAAGUCAUGGGAGGACGGAUAUGUAUCUUUACUACGCCAACCUAAUCGGGGACUACCAGCGAGUCGUCGAGCAUUGGAUUUUGGACGAGGAAUGGCUCAAAGCCAUUGAAGUUAUCAGUCGGCAGACAGAUCUUGAACUUUACUACCGUUAUGGGUCCAUCCUUAUCCGCCAGGCUCCCAAGGAAACCAUCGACGCCUGGCUUCGACAGCCAGAACUUGAUCCUCUUCGACUCAUUCCCUGUCUCCUCCAGCUGCAACACACACCUCGAGACCCUCUAUCCCCCAACCAAGCCAUCCGCUAUUUGACCAACGUCGUGUUUGAACAGGACAACACAUCAUCGACCAUCCACAAUCUCCUGCUCACCUUCCACGUCUCGCCCACGUCUCCUCCUCGAAAAUCGGAUUCUGAUGAUGAUGGCGCACUCCUUCGAUUCCUACAGAUUGCACCAACUGAUCCGAUUACUGGCAAACCGUACUAUGAUCUGGACUACGCGCUUAGACUGUGUACAGCAGCCGGUCGUACGCAGGCUUGUGUGCACCUCUAUUCAAAGCUUGGCCUAUGGGAGAAUAGCGUGGAUCUGGCGCUCGCAAAGGGCGACUUGGAGUUGGCGAAGAUUAAUGCUGAUAUGCCUGAAGACGACCAGCCUCUUCGGAAGAAGCUGUGGCUAAAGAUCGCUCGUUAUGUGGUGCAAGACAAGAAGGAUAUCAAGUCGUACGUACUGGUCGGUGCUGCUUGGAUGCGCAAGUUUGACAUGUCUCCUUUCAGGGCCAUGCGAUUUUUGGAAAAUACCGACCUUCUCAAAAUCGAGGACAUCUUACCGUUCUUCCCAGACUUCGUGGUCAUCGACGACUUCAAGGAGGAGAUUGCACAUGCUCUCGAAGGCUAUUCCGCUCACAUCGAGGACUUGAAGGCAGAAAUGGACGAAGCGACCAAGACAGCAGACUCGAUUCAGAGAGACAUCGAAGCGUUGAAACAUCGGUUCAUCACAAUUGAUGCCGGCGAACAAUGCUCAAGUUGCUCCAACCUGCUCCUCAUGCGACAGUUCUACGUCUUCCCUUGCCAUCAUGCUUUCCACGCUGACUGUCUUAUCGGAAUGGCUAGGGAAUACCUGCCUUCCCAUGCGCUGCGUAGGAUCAUCGCGCUUCAAAACCAAUUGGUCAAGGACGGCGGUGGGCAAUCGAAGAAGCCGACAUUGAACAGCAGCGACAUCGGGCGACCGCAACCUGCGACUCAACGAACACUGCUAUCAGCUAACUUUGGACCCAUUGUGAACCCGUUGCAGAAUGGCGCGAAAGCAGCCAAUCUGAUCGGUAGAGGUGUGAUUUCGGCAGGAGAUCGGUUACGCGACUUGAUCGUCCCGGAUGCACUGGCAACGCUGGUUUCAGCACCAACCUGGAUUCCGGGAAUGGGUGGCGCUGGCACUCGACCAGUAGGCCAGGACAGGUUGGUUGGACAGCGGGCUGAGAAGCUUCGAGCAGAGUUGGACGAUUUGUUGUCGAGCAAUUGUCCGCUAUGCGAGAGCGUGAUCGUUGGUUUGGACAAGCCGUUCAUCAAGGAAGGGGAAGUGGACACGUCCUGGGAGUUGUAG